GCAAGUUUUCGCUUACCUUCUCAGUAUGUCCAGCUUGGAGUGUCGUAAGACUUUCCUGGAGGUGGUUCCCAGCAGCUGCUGGUUCCCCACGGUGCGGCGUUCGAAAAGCUGCACGGCGCUGGGUGACUGCCUGGUGGAGACCGUGGCAGACACAAGGGCAGAUGACCUCUUACGGCGACUGGCCUGUUCCUUUGCGUGGGAAUCCGACUGGCCUGAAGGCAUUUCCAGUGGCAGCCUGGGGCAUCCUUUCCUAUGCAAAGCUCCGUGCAUCCGGGCGGUUCAUGGAACUUGCAUGAAGGGCCCCAGGUGCGAGUUCUGCCAUUUGGAGCACAACCAUCCGAAGCGCAAACUACGUCGACAGGAAAGGCAGCGAUUGGAGGAGAUGCCAGAACUGCUGGUUCUGCUGAUCCUCCAUUGGCACAUCCAGCGCCACGUCACCAAUCUCCGCCUUGAAGAUGAUUUGCAACUUGUGUUGGCAGUGUUGGAACGACGUGUGAAGUUGCUGCGCGAGGCUCGGCGACCCACACAUGCUGAGUUGCGUUGGGCUAUGGAGAACCUGUGGACCUUGCGUGGUUUCUCCCUUGGCCGCCUGUUUGACGCUUUCCAGCUUUGGCCUCAAGUGGAUUCCGACUUCAAACGUGAAGUGAAGUUCUUAGUAGACAGCGCGCGCAAGGGAAUGGCCACGCCACGUGCGGCAUGAGUGGAGCAGAUGGACGCUUUCGGAUUUGCAUGGGCCGAAGCCCCACCCGGAGAGUCUGAGAGCACCCUGAUGUGUCUUCCGCGAGGAAUUUUUAGCAUAGCUUCGGUGGUGCAGGGAAAGAGAAGGCUACUCCGGCCCCG